UCCAUUUUUCUUUUGGUUUUUUCAAACUAAAAAGUGGAACUCCUUGAAAGAAACCUAGCCUCACAUUUCCACUAUUUACUUUGUAUUGUACACUGUGGUCAGUGAUGCUGCCUUCUUUAAUAUCUUCUUCCCUCACCGGCGACCCACCGAGAACGGCGGCGACCGGUGGACGGAGACCCACCUAAGAACGGAGGUGACCGGACAAAAAUGAAAGGGAAAAAAGACUGAGGUUCAAAGUCGAUAUCUUUCUCUCUCUUCCCUUGAAAAAUUGAUGCAUUAGAAAGUAAAAGUUCAGUGAUUUCAUCUCUUCUUAUAAAGGAAUAGCUUGGAGAUCAUAAGAGCCCUGCAAGGUUUCGAAUAAGCAAUUUAUAUCGACCAACAUUGUGCUUCACCAGCUAUAUGAUCAAUGUAUGAUGAAAUGUUAAACUUCUGGGGCCCAGUCACAUCCUCUAUUGACUGGUGUGAAAACAAUUAUGUUUGUUCAUCUUAUAUUGCAGAGUUCUACAACACAAUUUCUAAUAUACCAGCUAUCAUCUUAGCUGUCAUUGGCCUCAUAAUUGCCUUGAGUCAGGGUUAUAAGAAGAGAUUUACUGUUCUUCACCUUUCAAAUAUGAUACUUGCAAUGGGGAGCAUAUUGUUCCAUGAAACACUGCAACGUGUGCAACAGCAAAGUGAUGAAACUCCAAUGGUUUGGGAAAUGCUCCUUUAUAUCUACAUUCUGUACUCACCUGAUUGGCAUUACCGAAGCACAAUGCCCACAUUCCUCUUCCUCUAUGGUGUUAUUUUUGCCGUUGUUCAUUCAGUAUUUCAUUUCAAGAUUAGUUUUAAAGGUCAUUAUGCUGUGCUCUGCCUCCUUUGCAUCCCUCAGAUGUACAAAUACUACAUCCACACAGAGGAUUCUGCAGCCAAGCGUCUUGCAAAGCUUUAUGUGAUCACAUUAUUUCUUGCAAGCCUGUGUUGGGUUUGUGACCGUGUUUUCUGCGAGCAUAUAUCUGGUUGGCCUAUCAACCCACAAGGGCAUGCUUUAUGGCGUGUCUUUAUGGGCUUUAACUCUUACUUUGCAAAUGCAUUUCUGAUGUUUUGCCGUGCUCAGCAGCGAGGAUGGGGUCCAAAGAUUGUUCAUUUCUUGGGUCUUGUACCCUAUGUGAAGAUCGAUAAACCAAAAUCUCAGUGAACAAACACAAUUACUCAAAGCUUGUUGAACACCUUUCCCGGCCCCUUAAGUACUCCACAGAUUAAGGUGUCUCACUGCCUGAUGAUAACCCACUCAGAAGGGACUGUUGACAAUCUUGACAAAGCCUGUUCUGAAGUAUGGCUUGUCACGAAACUAUCAUUAACCGUACAUACAACAGUAGACGGUUACGGGCAAUUUUGGUAAAGCAAAUAGUCAUUGUUUUGUUUUUAUAUUAGCGUCUAGAUUAGUCGAAGCUAUGGUAGUUUUUCUGUUAGAACUCAAGUAUAGGUUCAACAGUUCUGUAAAUUUCUGGUUUUCUUCAUUUGGUGGAAAGUGUAAAUUUUUUGAUUCAUUUGUCUUCUUACUGUAACCUAGAAGCUGAAAUUUCUUGCUUAUGCAUCCGUUUUAGUGAUUUAUACAUUUGUACAACUCGAUGACUCUGUCACUUUGAUGUCUUACCUUCGUCGUGUUUAAUACGAAGUAGUAAUUGCUAUGCUUGUUUGAA